AUGUGUAACAACCGGCAGUACAGCGUCUACUGCCGCAGUAACAACCGACAGUACAGCUUCUGCCGUCGCAGUAACAACCGACAGUACAGCGUCUACUGCCGCAAUAACAACCGUCAUAUCAACAGACAGUACAGCUUCUACUGCCGCAGUAACAACCGACAGUACAGCUUCUCCUGUCGCAGUAACAACCGACAGUACAGCUUCUACCGCCGCAGUAGCAACCGACAGUACAGCUUCUACCACCACAGUAACAACCGACAAUACAGCUUCUCCUGCCGCAGUAACAACAGACAGCACAGCUUCUACUGCCACAGUAACAACCGACAGUACAGCUUCUCCUGUCGCAGUAACAACCGACAGUACAGCUUCUACCGCCGCAGUAGCAACCGACAGUUCAGCUUCUACCACCACAGUAACAACCGACAGUACAGCUUCUACCGCCGCAGUAGCAACCGACAGUACAGCUUCUACCACCACAGUAACAACCGACAGUACAGCUUCUACCACCACAGUAACAACCGACAGUACAGCUUCUACUGCCGCAAUACAGCUUCUACUGCCGCAGUAACAACCGACAGCACAGCUUCUACUGUCGCAGUAACAACCGACAGUACAGCUUCUACUGCCACAUUAACAACCGACAGUACAGCUUCUACUGCCGCAGUAUCAACCGACAGUACAGCUUCUACUGCCGCAGUAACAACCGACAGUACAGCUUCUACUGCCGCAGUAACAACCGACAAUACAGCUUCUACUACCGCAGUAACAACCGACAAUACAGCUUCUACUGCCACAGUAACAACCGACAGUACAGCUUCUACUGCCGCAGUAACAACCGACAGCACAGCUUCUACUGCCGCAGUAACAACCGACAGCACAGCUUCUACUGCCGCAGUUACAACCGACAGCACAGCUUCUACCGUCGCAGUAACAACCGACAGCACAGCUUCUACUGCCGCAGUAACAACAGACAGCACAGCUUCUACUGCCACAGUAACAACCGACAGUACAGCUUCUACUGCCGCAGUAUCAACCGACAGUACAGCUUCUACUGCCGCAGUAACAACCGACAGGACAGCUUCUGCUGCCGCAGUAACAACCGACAGUACAGCUUCUCCUGCCGCAGUAACAACAGACAGCACAGCUUCUACCGUCGCAGUAACAACCGACAGCACAGCUUCUACUGCCGCAGUAACAAUCGACAGCACAGCUUCUACUGCCGCAGUAACAACCGACAGCACAGCUUUUACUGCCGCAGUAACUACCGGCAGUACAGCUUCUACUACCACAGUAACAACCGACGGCACAGCUUCUACUACCGCAGUAACAACCGACAGCACAGCUUCUACCGUCGCAGUAACAACCGACAGCACAGCUUCUACUGCCGCAGUAACAACGGACAGCACAGCUUCUAUUGCCGCAGUAACAACCGACAGCACAGCUUCUACCGUCGCAGUAACAACCGACAGUACAGCUUCUACUGCCGCAGUAACAACCGACAGCACAGCUUCUACUGCCGCAGUAACAACCGACAGUACAGCUUCUACUGCCGCAGUAACAACCGACAGUACAGCUUCUACUGCCGCAGUAACAACAGACAGCACAGCUUCUACCGUCGCAGUAACAACCUACAGCACAGCUUCUACUGCCGCAGUAACAACCGACAGCACAGCUUCUACAGCCACAUUAACAACCGACAGCACAGCUUCUACUGCCACAGUAACAACCGACAGUACAGCUUCUACAGCCGCAUUAACAACCGACAGUACAGCUUCUACUACCGCAGUAACAACCGACAGUACAGCUUCUACUGCCGCAGUAACUACUGGCAGUACAGCUUCUACUGCCGCAGUAACAGUGACUGGCUCUGCAACAAGUCCAGUAACCACCGGUACAACAAGUUCAGUAACAACACCGGUAGCAGCAACCUCUCCAGUAACAGCAGUGACUGGUGCAGCAACCUCUUCAACAACAACUGCCAACGGCGCAGCAGCAUCUUCAGUAACAGCAGUGACUGGUACAGCUACAGGUCCAGUAACAACAGAGACUAGUACAUCAACCUCUCCAGUAACAACAACGACUGGUGAAACAACAUCACCAGUUGCAGCCACAAGUACAGUAACACAAUCGACCAGUGUAGCUACAACUCCAGCGACAACAGCGGAUGUAACAUCCAGUGCUCCUACAAUGGCAGGAACCACAAAUGCACCAACCACUGUCACUAUUACUGCUGGUGCAGCUACAGUCACAACAUCGACGAUUGACGCUGUUACCACUGACAACGCAUCGACGGUUGAGACCACCACUGGACCAGGAAUGACCACAGCGAAGAGAACCUCCAGACCAGUGACCACACGAUUGACCACUACACAAGUCUCUAGGCCUGGUAAACCUACAACGAUUUUAGCUUUUGAAAUCGUUCUCAAUGGGACCAGACCAAGUGAUUUAGACGACAAAACAUCGGCUACAUAUAGGACCUUACAACAACAAUGCAUUGAUGCGCUGCGGCCAGUUUUCGAGUCCCUACCUGGUUUCAAAGCUGUUGCAGUGUUGGAAUUCCCACCGGGUAAUUUGACUACUGUGAGGUUUUCCGCCAUCUUUGAAAGUGACGCCACCACCUCGACUGAUGACAUCACACGAGUAGCACAGAACCAGACGCAAAGUGCGGACUUCGCCAUCGGCAGCUACAAAGUGCAGGAGAAUUCGUUUUCUGCCUCCCCUCUCACUUAUGAAGAUAUCAGCAGUCUGGGAGUCGACGCCUUCUGCCCGUCCGGCUGUGGACCAGAUGCGAGCUGUAACGCUACACAAAUCAACGGUGUUUGGGGUGCUCAGUGCGUCUGCGCAGACAACUACUGCAACAAUGGCGGGCAGUGCGAGGUCAUUCCAGACGUUGGACUAAAAUGCAGGUGCGUUGCGGACACGCCCGGGUUCUACAGCGGAGACAGGUGUGAGACGUUCCUGUCACAAACCAGCGUCAUCGGGACGGCAGCAGGGGUGGGAGGCGCUCUGGUCAUCAUCAUCAUGGCGCUGGCAGGUUACGUUUGCUACAGCAGAAGAGGAACUUCGGCACCGAUGGCAGGCCUCAGCAAUGUGAACACGAUGGCCUACAGCAGAGCGAACACCUCCUUCUGGAAGAACAACGCCCGCCAGGAGGCGCUCACAAGCCACGAGGCAAACUACCCCAUGUCCGACAUGUCCGCCUUCUAUCACCAAUCCGAUGUGUACAACCCACUGUACGUCAAUGAACCAAACUUCCCCAGUAAGUUCCGGAUACCUAGGCCUAAUGUUGACCUCGGGCCGUAUGAUCCACCCAAGAGGUGGUCACAGGUGUCACAAGAAUACUUCUAGCAAAUACCACCUGAUCGAGAGACGGCCAAAGCUGUGUAGAUUUGCUAUCAGUUUGCUUGCUACCUGUAUAUAAUAUCGUUAAUGUACAAAGAUGUUAAUGUAAAAGAUAACAUAUUGAAUAUGUCAAGUUGAACAUGUUUUGAACCUCAGUUCUUCAUAUAAAUAGCGACAUGGUUUGUCACAAUUUGUUGUUAUACCACACAAGAGACAAGCUGUUGGUAGUUAGUUCGUAGUGUAUUUAUUUGUUGUUGUUGUUGUUGUUGUUUAAGUGAUGAUUUUAUCAGAUUUCUUUAGUAUAAGGAGUGCCUGUUAUCCCUUAACUAUCGUUUUGUAUGUUCUUAAUUUAAGUACAAUGUCCACACUUAAACAAAACGUGAAAUCAUUGACUAUCAAUGGCUUUCUUAAAUGUCAUUUUGCACAGUGGUGAAUGUAUCAUGACCAAACAUUUUCUAUGUCUGAGAGUCUAAAAUAAAUAGUACACAUAUUGCGACUGGUGUUAUUCUUUUGCUAUGAUCUGUACUUAACACACUGGGUAUAUUAUGUACAAUAAAG